UCUCUCUCUCUCUAUCUCUUUACCUGAACGUAGAGAGAGAAACAAAGACCUUUUUUUAGUGAGAGGAAACCGAACCCAGCGCCUUUGACACUCACUCCCCUCCUCGCCAAAACCUAAGGAAAGAGAGAAACAAACAAAGAGAAAAGGGAAAAAUCUCUCUUAUCAAGCUUUCUACUUGUUAUAGUAUCAGUUUAUUUGCACUUCCAAAGUGUCUCUAUCCUCAGCUUCUUCUUACACUUUUUCUCUCUCUAAACUAUCCAUGUCUCAUGUAGUAUCUGUGUGUUUUCUGGUUUAGAUCAUCCUUGUGUUCUUGGUCAACUGCCUCAUCUUUCUCUCUCAACAAACCAAAGUACCAAACCCUCCCUUCUUUUAAUACCCUUUUUUUUUUUGUGUCCUAGAGAUUCUUCAGAUAAUACCCAAUUCAAUUCAGAUCUAUCUGAGCUGAAACCAACUGCUAUGAGUUUUGUCUCGAAUUCUACUCGAAUUUUUAGCUAUGAGAAAGCGUUGACUACUGCUUUCUUAUCUUUCAUAGUUUGAAUUUUCUUUGUUGAAUCAUUUGACUUCAGGCUGAACCACGUAAAUUUUUGUGUCUUAACUCUCAAUCUCUUGAGUUCGGAACAUGUCGAACCGGUGGUGGACCGGGCAGGCGGGUUUGUCCGGGAUGGACCCUUCGUCGGCGGGCAUGAAGAAACCGGAUCUUGGGAUAUCCAUGAACGAGAACAGCAGCGGCGGAGGCGGCGAUCAGGAAGAGGACGAGAGGGAGAACAGCGACGAGCCGAGAGAGGGCGCGAUCGAGGUCGCCACCGGCGGGCGGCGACCGCGCGGCCGCCCUCCCGGGUCUAAGAACAAGCCGAAGCCGCCGAUUUUCGUGACCCGGGACAGCCCCAACGCGCUCCGCAGCCACGUCAUGGAGGUGGCUAGCGGAUCGGACGUGGCCGAAAGCAUCGCGAACUUCGCAAGGAGAAGGCAGAGAGGUGUUUGUGUGCUGAGUGCAAGUGGCACGGUGACCAACGUAACCCUAAGGAACCCCUCCUCGACGGGUGCGGUCAUGGCUUUACACGGCCGGUUCGAGAUUCUCUCUCUAACCGGCUCGUUUCUGCCAGGGCCCGCCCCGCCUGGAUCGACCGGGUUGACCAUAUACCUGGCCGGCGGGCAGGGACAGGUGGUGGGCGGAAGCGUCGUGGGUCCGCUGAUCGCAGCUGGACCGGUCAUGGUGAUCGCGGCGACAUUUUCCAACGCUACGUACGAGAGGCUGCCGUUGGAGGAGGAGGAGGAAGGGAGUGGAGGAGGAGGAGGACAGGGGCAGGUCGGUGGCGGUUCGCCGCCGGGGAUGGGAAGCGGCGGCGGUGGCGGUGGAGGGCAGCAGCAUGGUGGGAUGUUGGGUGAGCCGGGUUUGAUGCCGGUUUUUAAUCUGGGACCGAAUAGUUUGGUUCCCAAUGGUGGACAGAUGAGCCAUGAUGCCUUUGCUUGGAAUCAAGGUCGCCCUUCAUACUAGAGGUAACAAUACAGUGUAGAGAGAGAGAGAACUCUAGAGAGAGAGAGAGGAGGGUAUUUUCUCUAAUAAAUGUGAUAUGUGAAAAGAAUGUGAGGGUUGGAGAUGAGAUUAGCUGAAUUUAAGGUUUUUACAUGUGUACAUUUUUCUUCUGACUGAUGUAUUAUGGGGUUAUAUUCUACUUUCCGUUACGUUCUUCUUUUU